UGGUAGUGAAACUUGGACCAUGACAAGGCAAGAUGAGGGUCUGCUCAGGAGAUUUGAGAGAAAAAUCCUGAGAAGGAUAUUUGGAGCCAUUAAGGAAGGAGAUGCUUAUCGACAGCGACAUAAUGCUGAGCUGUAUGAUCUGUAUGGGAACAAGGAUAUAGUUAUGGCUAUCAAGCUGGGAAGAUUGCGAUGGGCCGGACAUGUGAUCUGGGCAGAUGACAACUCACCUAUUAAGCAAAUCCUACAGGCAAAGCCAGAAGGGAAACGUCGACCAGGGAGGCCGCGCCUGAGGUGGUUAGAUGUGGUGGAUCGGGAUGCUGGAGCGGCCGGACUGAGAGGAUGGAGACAAUUGGCACGGAAUAGAGAUGAUUGGAGGCUUAGGCUUGGGGAGGCCAGGACCCUUGAAGGGUUGUCGCGCCAGUGAUGAUGAUGAAUUAGUUGGUAUCUUAUUAAUUUGAUUUAUUCAACUCGAUUGUAAUGAUUUAGUGGCAGUUUAGUGGCAGUUAGUUGCUGUUAGUUGCUGUGAGUCUCUUGGAUUUUGGACAGUGUUCAGUGUAGGAGUGAGUUUUUGGUUUCAGACU